AUGUUCAUUAUCAACUGGUUCUGGGAUAUCCUCGCUCAGCUGGGUCUUACCCACAAGAAUGCCAAGAUUCUCUUCCUUGGUCUUGACAAUGCCGGUAAAACUACUCUCCUUCAUAUGUUGAAGAACGACCGUCUUGCCACCCUUCAGCCUACCCUUCACCCUACGUCGGAGGAGCUGUCUAUUGGCAUGGUGAAGUUCACUACAUACGAUUUGGGUGGCCACCAACAGGCUCGUCGUCUUUGGAAGGACUACUUCCCUGAGGUCGAUGGUAUUGUCUUCCUGGUCGAUUCGCAGGAUGUGGAUCGUUUCCCGGAGGCCCGUGCUGAACUUGAUUCGCUUCUUUCGAUUGAGGAGCUGAACAAGGUGCCGUUCCUGAUUUUGGGCAACAAGAUCGAUGCUCCUGGCGCCGUUUCGGAGGAGGAACUUCGUCAGUCUCUGGGUCUGUUCCAGACCACUGGUAAGGGCUCGGUGCCUCUUAAGGACAUCCGCCCUAUCGAGCUGUUCAUGUGCUCAGUGGUCAUGCGCCAGGGCUAUGGCGAGGGUUUCCGUUGGCUCUCGAACUACGUAUCGCUCGUCUUCGAGUGGUACUUUACGACCUACGUCUCAAGGUAUAUUGGCAUCAUGGUCAGCACUUCGCGUCGCGUCAACCGCAAGGCCCACUUUGAUGCCCCGGGUCACAUUAGGAGGAAGAUCAUGUCGGCUCCUGUGAGCAAGGAGCUCCGCGCUGAGCACGGUCUCCGCUCGCUUCCGAUCCGCAAGGAUGACGAGGUCCUCGUUGUGCGUGGCUCGUCGCGUGGCUCGGAGGGCCGCAUCGUCCAGGUCUACCGCAAGAAGUGGGUUGUCCACCUCGAGCGUCUCCAGAAGGAGAAGUCGAACGGUGCCACUGUGCAGAUCCCGAUCCACCCGUCGAACGUCGUGAUCACCAAGAUUAAGAUGGACAAGGACCGGUAUGUUCUCAUUGCGCGCAAGUCGGGCAAGAGCGUCGAGGAGGCUGAGGCCUAA